UUUGGGGAUUUAUUUUAGCUUAUCAAGUAUAUCACCUUUUGAAAGGAGAAACGUUUGAAUUGAUAGAAAGACAGAUUUUUAAAACAAAAACGCUUUAAAAUGUUUUUCUUUCUUCUUGUAUUUGUGAAAAUUAUUCUGAUAACAUCUGGGCAUCCCCAUGAAAGAAGAGAAAACGAUGAACCAAUUUGUUCAAAAUUUGACUAUGAGGAAAAACUUUUAGAAAAAAUGAUAAGAAUGGAGAUGAAAAUGGAAAAGAUAAUAGAGGAAGUUAAAGAUAAAGAAAAGGACGUUAUGACCAUAGCGACCGAUGUGUCACAAAGAGUUAGCAAUAUGGAGAAUAACGCCAUUCAGUUUCAGCGUGAUGUCAACCGAACAAUGAUUGGGCUUUCUGAUAACUUCGAAGAAGAAACAGCUAAACUUGUAGCUUUAGCAGACAAAUCGCUGUUGCCUAUCGUCGGAUUCAACGCUCGUUUAUCUUCGACAAAAACAGUGAACACAGGGAAUAAGGUGUCUACGAUACCGUAAUAACAAACCAAGGCGAAGGUUACGAUAGUGUCACGGGAGUAUUCACUGCACCUCACAAUGGAC